AUGCCUCAAAUUAUUAAGCAGCUUGGCUUUUCUACGGAAAAAGCGCAGCUUUUGACGAUUCCACCAUAUUUCUGCGGUGGCAUAUCGGCGUGGCUCACAGGCAAAUUUUCGGACCGAUUCUCUUGGCGGAUGCCUUUCAUCAUUGGACCGAUGACUAUCUUAGCAGUGGCACUUGGAAUCUUGUUUCACUUCUCUUCGGACGUGGCCAAUAAUGUUCCAGCUAUGUAUGUCAGUGUCAUAUUGGCACAGAUCGGCAUAUAUCCGCUUCUGCCUGGCAUAACUGCCUGGAUAGGAAAUAACCUCGUUCUCUCGUGGAAACGGUCCAUUGGCAUAGCUUGGCUGCUUGCCGCUGGUAAUUUAGGCAGCCUCAUUGGAACCAAUGUCUUCCUGGACAAGGAGGGCCCAAAGUAUCCCACAGGAUAUGGCACUUCGCUCGGUAUUAUAUGUCUAGGACUGAUAUCCGCUGUUCUUUUAGAAUUUCUACUGUGGAGAUUGAACAACAAGAAGUCCAAGUUGUCUCAGCAUGAAGUCAGGGAGAGAUUCUCUCAAGCGCAACUAGAUGGAAUGGGGGAAAAGAGUCCGCUAUAUCAAUACACCUUGUAG